AAUACAUCGAUCAUUUUGUUGUUUAGCUAAUAAAUGUUCACCUCGUCCACCUUUCAUUUUGACUGACUCAUCUAGGAACUGUUACAUUUAUUGGCCUAAAUAAUUCGCUUCGAUGGUUCGCACAAGUACACCUGAAAGAGAAAUGAUAACAAAAUAUAAAUAACAACAUUGACAUGGUUCAUACAUCAAGAUCAUCAGUUCUGUAGAAGCUAAGUAGAAGGACGGUGAACACAUAAGCAAAAAUUUAGUGAAAUAUUUUUUAUUAAGAAAUUGUUUUUAGUUUAAACGAUUUGAGUGAUUUGAGCAAAGUUCAACACAUUGAACCGCCCCGUUGUGAUAAAUACUAACCAGAAUAUUGAACUGUGGCAAGUGAUUAAAGUCUCAUAACCAAGUCGUGACAAAAUUAAUUGAUUAAAGUUGUUGUUAUCAAUUUUACUCUCGAAGAUAGAAAGCAAAGUAAAAAUACUAUCGAUUCACAUCAAUCAGUUUCACAUUCAUCCAUUCAUGAAUUACGCGACAAAACUGACGACAUAAUCAGAAAAUGUCGAGCAAAUCACCUUUUCGGUCAUGGGACAAAAAAAUCUCAAAUAUUCGCAUCGCCAUUCGAAACGGUGCAUAUCCAGUUCGUAUUGAAAGCUUGUGGUUACUGAUAGCACUGGUCAAUGGUCUACACUUUGCGGACCAAACACCUCGCUACAGUUUAACGAGAUAUGUUACAGGAUGUAGCUACUUUGCUGAAGCAACAAUUGGAUGGCAGGUGCUGGCGUGUACCUUGGAUGCAGUCUUUUAUUGGAUAGUAUUCUGUCGAAUCGCACGUUAUACCCUAAAAUUUCUGCUUAUGUACAAGGGUUAUAUGUACGAGAAUAAACGAACGGGUAUGAGCCUGACGACCAAAAUUUGGGCGCUGCUAAUGAAAGGUGUAAUCAAAUUGAACAAACCGUUGCUCUGCAGCUUCCAAGAAUCACUUCCACGUCUUCCUGUUCCGAAUUUAGAUGAAACGAUAUCUCGCUACUUAGAAUCUAUGCGACCGCUCCUCAGUAAAAACGAUCACGAAGCCAUUACCCGGAAAGCGGAAGAAUUUCAAAAUGGAAUCGGCCAGAAAUUGCAACGAUAUUUGGUACUGAAGAGCUGGUGGUCACCUAACUAUGUAACAGAUUGGUGGAACGAAUACGUCUAUUUGAGAAGUCGGUCACCGUUAAUGAUAAAUAGCAACUGCUACGUGUCCGACCAUUUCGAUCGUAUAACUAAUUCACAAUCGGCUAGAGCAGCUAACGUUAUUCAUAUUUCGUUCCUUUUCCGCAACACGUUAGAACGACAAGAAUUAAAUCCAAUUAUGGUGCAAGGUAUUGUUCCCUUAUGCUCCUGGCAAUAUAAACGAGCUUUUAACACAUUCCGCGAACCUGGUAUCGAAACCGACAGACUAAUACAAUUCGACCAUUCCGAUCAUGUUGUUUUGUACCACAAGGGUUGUUUCUAUAAACUUGUCGUUUAUCAUCACGGUAGACUGCUGAAUCCUAUCGAAUUGAAGCAACAAAUUGAUCAAAUUUUGAAUUCGAGCUCUGCGACAACAGACAGCGAGAGGAAUUUAGCUUCAUUGACAGCAAUGGAUCGUACGAAAUGGGCGGAAACUAGAUUGAAACACUUUUCGUCUGGAGUCAACAAGGAAUCCCUUCAUGCCAUUGAGAGUGCCGCAUUUUUCAUGUCCUUAGAUGACGAGCCAUUCGGACUUAGCUUCGAUUGUCCUCAGGAAAAUUUGGACAAUCAAGCUAGAUCGCUUUUGCAUGGAAGUGGUAAUAAUCGGUGGUUUGACAAAAGCUUUACUCUUGUCAUUACAUCGGAUGCACAGUUUGGUCUCAACCUUGAGCACUCGUGGUCUGAUGGACCAAUUAUAGGACAUGUCUACGAAGAAAUAAUGGUGGACGACUAUUAUUGCUACGAUAAGAAUGGCAAUCUGAAAGGAUCCAAUUAUUUGACCCAACCGCUACCACCACCCAUUCGUUUGACCUGGGAUUUUAGUAGCAGUGAAUUGACAAAAACAAUUAGCGAUGCUUAUGGUGGCGCAUUAAAGAUGAUCGAUGAAUUAGAUCAUCGAAUAAUAUUGCAUAAAACAUUCGGUAAGGGAUUUAUAAAGACCUGCAAUGUAUCACCAGAUGCGUACAUUCAAAUGGCCUUACAGCUUGCUAAUUAUCGCGAAUUCGGCAAGUUUACAUUAACCUACGAAGCCUCAAUGACCCGAUUGUAUCGUGAAGGGAGAACGGAAACGGUUCGAUCAUGUACCACUGAAUCAUCUACUUGGGUCAGAUCUAUGGAAAAUAAAACCAUAAGCAAUGCCGAAAAAGUGCGUCUGUUGCAAGUAGCUUGUAAAAAACAUCAGGCGAGUUACGUUGAUGCUAUGUGCGGUCGCGGCGUUGAUAGACACCUCUUUUGUUUGUACAUUGUGUCAAAAUACCUGAAACUAGAUUCGCCAUUCCUGCAAGAAGCUGUCAGUGAACCAUGGCGAUUGUCGACCAGCCAAACGCCAAUGGGCCAAAUUGCAAAGAUCGAUUUCAAGAAGAAUCCAGGUUUUUUGAAUCCAGGCGCUGGUUUCGGACCGGUAUCGUAUGAUGGAUAUAGCGUUUCAUAUAUUGUUUCCGGCGAAGAUUUGAUUUCGUUUCACGUGUCAAGUAAAAAAUGUUGCCCGACAACUGAUUCAUGGCGAUUCAUUGGUCGCAUCGUUCAGGCGAUGGCUGAUAUAAAGACACUUUUUGAGGAUUACAGAAGGGAGCAAGAAAUGAAGUGAAUGAAAUGAUGAAGUGGAUUUGUUUUGAAGUAAUAAAAAAACGUCUGAUCAAUUGUUU